AGUGACAGCUAGCCCGUCUCCCCACCCACCCUCUUCCACAGGUCUGGGUGCCCUCGGCCACCACACAUCAGUGUCUCCUCCCUCCUGCUUUGCUGCCUUCCCUUUGCACCAGCCCCUGAGUCUAGGUCUGGACCAACCAUGUUGCAAGCGGGACUGGUGGAACAGUCCCUGGGCUCCCUGGGCAGGGUGGUUUCUGAGGCUCCUGCUCUUCCAUCCAUCUGCCAGCCCUGGCCCAAUGCCAGGCUCUGAGUUCUGUGACCAAAGUCAGAUGGGCCCCUUCUCCUCCCCUCCCCUAUGGCCACAUCUCUCUGGAGUGGGAGGGUUGGCUGCCCCUCACCUCGGAGCUCCCCCAAAGGCCAGUAACGGAUCCCCAGCCCUCAAUUCCUACUCUGCUUUGGGCUAGUGUGAGCUUCAUUUUGUACACUUGUGACUUCGUCCAGUUAUAAACCCAAUAAACUCUGUAGAACGGAGUUGCUGGCCAAGUGUUGAUGUGGUGGCUACAUGGGGAGGGGAUCUGGUGGGACCGCUUCCUUCCUGUCUUAAAAGGACUGUCUUGAGCAGAAUUUCGUUUCUAAACUCUCUUCCUUUGUCAAGGCUCAACUGCUAGGGCCAUCCAAGCCCUUAUCCUGACAGGUAUUAGCUCCAGGUCUCCUCUGAGAAAUAGCCUCAAGGGCAGGCAGCCCCACCUGACACCGUGCCACUCAAUUCCUUGAGGGUAGAGAUUCUUUUCCUAAAAUCAGCCUCAGCUUUAUUUUAGGCAGGUAUUUCUCUAUUGGCAGAGAUUAAGCAGGGUUUACAGUUGGUCUUUCCAGCCAUCCUUAGAAACUAACCUCUCAAUUCCAUCCUCUUCCCAGGCCUCUUAACAAAAUUCCUCCCUUCUAUGCCUCCCCCUCUCCAGAGCAUUGUGUGCAAAUAAGCAAGUCUCUAAUGGAGUUUUCUUUAUUCUGCUCAGGUGUUGGAGCAGAUAAAGAUGUGCCAUCACCAGUUUUCCCUUGCUUGGUCUUAGCCUUUUUAAACCUAAAAUAUCUGUUAGAGAAAUUUUUCAAACAAACAGAAAUAGAAAAUAUAUAAUGAACCCCAUGUCCCAUCAUGAUGUUUCAACUUGUGGUCAAUUCUUUAAUAUCACAUCCAGUCUGUGUUCAUGCUUAUUAAUCCAAGUGUCCUACAGAAUUUCUCACAGCUUAUAUCUGGAUCCAAACAAGGUCCAUUUUGAUUGGUGAUUGCUUCUUCAAUCUUAAAAACCAUAGGUUCUCCCCUGGCUUUUGCAAUGUUGAAGAAACCAUAUCUGUCAUCUCUGCGUCAGAGUUCUGUUUCAUGUAAAAUAGUUACUAGAUCUAGAAGCUUAAUAAUAACUUUUUUUUUUCUUUAGGGCUAUACCCACUGCAUAUGGAGGUUCCCAGGCUAGGGCUCAACUUGGAGCUACAGCUGCCAGCCUACACCACAGCCACAGCAAUGCGGAUCCGAGCAGCAUCUGUGACCUACACCACAGCCCACGGCAACUCUGUAUCCUUAACCCACUGUUAGAGGCCAGGGAUCGAACCUGCAUCCUCAUGGAUGCUAGUCAGAUACCUUUCCUCUGAGCCACGACCAGAACUCCCAAGAAGCGUAAUAAUAACUUUUGAAACUUUAUUUCAAGUAUCAGGAUUGAUGCUUCGCAAUGGCAGAAGAAUGAAUGGAUAAUGAUGUAAUUUUAGGUGACAAUUUUAGAAUGUUCACGUUAAAUGUGAAGCAGUAGCAUUUUGGGAAAAUCCUUAACUUCUACCUGAGGGAGUCAGUGAAAGGAAAUAAUACCCUUUUACAGUAAUUUACUGAGACUGAGGGUGCGGAAGUCUGCUUUGGCUGUAGGUAGGGAAUAAAUAUUAACGAAUUUACACAGACCUUGUGGAUCUGGUUUUCUUGCCCUGUGGGCGUCAAUGAGGUAGUGUCCCGGGGUGGUGGAAGGACUGUAAGGCAUAAUUCGCUUAGGUCCGCUGAGCUGUCAAGUGUGGAGGGACAGAGUGCACGUCGCGGGAGGGCUGGCUAUCUGACUAAGGGUCUGGGAACAAGAACGAAAUCCUCGGCCGCAAUGAACCGCGCCAAGGGCUUCUGAGAACUAAGGGACGAGCAUGAGUCAGCAAGGCUCUCCGCGGACUCCAAAAUGGACUCGGAUAGGCGUGCUGCAGCUGACUCGCCUCAAGUGAGCGUAUAGAACCUAGCAAGGUCAAUAUGCUUUAUCAACCGCCCUUCUCAGGAGGUUUCCCCACGCCGGGCCAUCAGCAAUUUCCCGCCCUGAUAAACUGCGAGCUCCUCUCCACCCCGCCCCCGCAGCCUUCAGGAUCUCCACCUCCCAGGAGGCAGCGAGAACCGCACAUGCGGCUCAUUUUUUCGUGGGAAGGGUUGCGCAAGCGCAGAGUGCACCUCUGACGUAGACUCCAAGCGGCGCUUGCGCACAGUUCCUCUAGCGCCUUUCACACCGCCUACCGUGUUCGGUGCGGUCCGCGCUUUUCUGACGUUACCGCUGCGCAUGCGCUUUGGAAGGAAGGGUGAGCUUUCUGGGCGACCGGCAGGGGGCGGGCCUUGGCUGAGGUCCCGCAGCGACUGCGCGGACAGGUUCCCGACUGGAACAUGGCGACUUGCGCUGAAAUCCUGCGGAGCGAGUUCCCCGAAAUUGACGGGCAAGUCUUCGACUACGUGACGGGUGUCUUGCACAGCGGCAGUGCGGACUUCGAGUCUGUGGAUGACCUGGUGGAAGCUGUUGGGGAACUGUUGCAGGAGGUGUCCGGGGACAGCAAGGAUGACGCGGGCAUCAGGGCCGUGUGUCAGCGCAUGUACAACACCCUGCGCCUGGCUGAGCCACAGACCCAGGGAAACAGCCAGGUGCUACUAGACGCUCCCAUCCAGUUGUCAAAGAUAACAGAGAACUACGACUGUGGCACCAAACUUCCAGGACUGCUAAAGAGGGAACAGUCGUCGACAGUGAAUGCGAAGAAGCUAGAAAAAGCUGAAGCUCGACUGAAGGCAAAGCAGGAGAAGCGCUCAGAGAAGGACACAUUCAAAACCAAUAACCCUCUAGUCUUGGAAGAGGCAUCAGCCAGCCAGGCAGGCAGCAGAAAGGAGAGUCGAUUGGAAUCGUCUGGCAAGAACAAAUCCUAUGAUGUGCGAAUUGAGAACUUUGAUGUGUCCUUUGGCGAUAGGGUACUGCUGGCUGGAGCAGAUGUGAACCUGGCAUGGGGCCGCCGCUAUGGGCUGGUGGGUCGUAAUGGCUUGGGGAAGACGACACUGCUGAAGAUGCUGGCCACCCGGAGCCUGCGGGUUCCAGCCCAUAUUUCCCUGCUGCAUGUAGAGCAGGAGGUUGCUGGAGACGACACCCCUGCCCUGCAGAGUGUCCUGGAGAGUGACACUGUGCGAGAAGAUCUCCUGCGGCGGGAGCGGGAGCUCAGUGCCCAGAUUGCUGCUGGCAGGGCUGAGAGCUCAGAAGCUGCACAGCUGGCAGAAGUCUAUGCCAAGUUGGAAGAGAUUGAGGCUGACAAAGCACCUGCCAGGGCAUCAGUCAUUCUUGCUGGGCUUGGCUUUACCCCUAAAAUGCAACAGCAGCCCACCCGGGAGUUUUCAGGUGGCUGGAGGAUGAGACUGGCCCUGGCACGGGCACUGUUUGCUAGGCCAGAUCUGCUGCUGUUAGAUGAACCCACAAAUAUGCUGGAUGUACGGGCCAUCCUAUGGCUGGAGAAUUACCUGCAGACGUGGCCCUCCACAAUCCUGGUCGUCUCCCAUGACCGCAACUUCCUGAAUGCCAUAGCCACAGACAUCAUCCACCUGCACAGCCAGCGGCUGGACGGUUACCGGGGAGACUUUGAGACCUUCAUCAAGAGCAAGCAGGAGCGGCUGCUCAACCAGCAGCGUGAAUACGAGGCCCAGCAGCAGUAUCGCCAGCAUAUCCAGGUUUUCAUUGACCGGUUUCGCUACAAUGCCAACAGAGCCUCUCAAGUGCAGAGUAAACUCAAGAUGCUGGAGAAGCUACCAGAGCUGAAACCCGUGGACAAGGAGUUGGAGGUAGUGAUGAAGUUUCCCGAUGGGUUUGAGAAGUUCUCACCACCAAUUCUGCAACUAGAUGAGGUGGAUUUCUACUAUGAUCCUAAGCACAUCAUCUUCAGCCGUCUCUCCGUCUCUGCUGAUCUUGAAUCCCGCAUUUGCGUGGUUGGGGAGAAUGGGGCUGGGAAGUCUACCAUGCUGAAGUUGCUUAUGGGGGACCUGGCCCCUGUUCGGGGCAUCAGACAUGCUCACAGGAAUCUGAAGAUCGGCUAUUUCAGCCAGCACCAUGUGGAGCAGCUGGACCUGAAUGUUAGUGCUGUAGAACUGCUGGCACGCAAAUUCCCUGGUCGGCCUGAGGAGGAGUACCGUCACCAGCUGGGCCGGUACGGCAUCUCUGGAGAGCUGGCCAUGCGCCCUGUUGCCAGCUUGUCUGGGGGCCAGAAGAGCCGGGUAGCGUUUGCUCAGAUGACCAUGCCCUGCCCCAACUUCUACAUUUUGGAUGAACCCACAAACCACCUGGAUAUGGAGACAAUUGAGGCUCUGGGCCGUGCUCUCAACAAUUUCAGGGGUGGUGUGAUUCUGGUGUCCCACGAUGAGCGCUUCAUCAGGCUGGUGUGCCGGGAGCUGUGGGUGUGCGAAGGAGGCGGUGUCACCCGGGUCGAGGGGGGAUUUGACCAGUACCGAGCCCUUCUCCAGGAACAGUUUCGCCGUGAGGGCUUCCUCUAGGGCCACCAGGCUGAGGACUCUGCCCAGGACCUGGACUGGUCUCCCAGACCCCUGGGCUACCAUGUAGGCAACCAUCUCCAGGCCACGGACUUCCCCCAACUUUGGGGACAGCCUUAUUCCUAAAUCUCUCCUUUUGACUGGAGCAUCCUCUUGUGCGAACCCAGGGAGCCCCACCUAAGGGUCUUUGAGGACCGGUCUUCCAAGGGGAAAGGGAGUGGGGGGUGCCCUCUGGGAUUCUAGAUCCCCGGUAUUGCCCCAGCUGCGACUGGGCCAUGAGUGGCUGCUGUGUAAAUUAAAUCUCCCUGCAUCUCCCUUGCCUCACCUGCUCCCUGGUGCAGGGCUGCAGUGUUUGCCCGCUGAUAAGGAGUGUGGACUCUGAUCUGGCAUUAUCCUGUGAGGCUUGUGUCAGUCACACAGAGGAGGCCAUGGCAGCAUCAGCCCCUGGGCAGAGGUGUCAUUAAAGCUGCUGAAACUCGA